AUGCUAAUGCGGAAGUUGACAGUUGAAGUGCGAAACCUGCACAUUCGUGGGUGUAUUGAGUGGGGUACAUCUUUACUUGGCCAGCUGGAGUGGUUACAUAAACUCUACCGGAUAACUCGGCGCCUGAAUCCWGUCUUUGGCACGAUGCUGAACGCCGCCGCGGCAGAGAGGAACAAGGAGCCUAUUCUGUCGGUUCUCCGGGACAGCGUUAACACUGAGAGACCCCUGCAGGCUCUGGAGAUAUCCUCUGGCACCGGGCAGCAUGUCGUUCACUUUGCGCAGACUUUGAGAAAUAUCACCUGGCAGCCGUCUGAGUAUGACCGCCAGUCUCUUGCCAGUAUAGAAGCCUACAGGUCUCACUACCAGCUGCACAAUGUAAAGCCUGUCAUCCACCUGGAUGCUUCUCAGCCUCAUCAGUGCUGGGGAGGGAUUCAGCCUGAAAGCCUUGACCUGGUGCUCAACAUCAACAUGAUCCAUAUUUCUGCCUUGUCCUGCACAGAGGGAUUAUUCAGAGGGGCUGGAGCGCUGCUGAAGCCACAGGGUCUUCUGUUGACAUACGGGCCGUAUGCAGUGAAUGGCCAGAUCACCCCUCAAAGCAACGUGGACUUUGACUACAGCCUGAGGCAAAGGAAUCCAGAAUGGGGACUAAAGGACAUCUCAUUUCUCAAUUCUGUGGCACAGAAAAAUGGUUUAUUCCUGGAGAAAAUUGUGGAGAUGCCAGCAAACAACAAAUGCCUUCUCUUCAGGAAAGAGAGUUUGGUGUGAUCCAUCUCUGAGGCGAAGGAUGGUCCAAACGCCUUAAUUUCCACUUGAAUCAUUGUAUAACUUGGCACACAUUAUUUCAAUCUUAAUUGUUUUUCUCUCUGUGUCAAACUGUUAAGUAUUGUACAGGUAAACACUGACAUGAAAGUUUAUUUUUAUCAUCCUAGGAAAGACAAAUGUUAGUAACUAAGCAUAAGUGCUUCUUAGAGGUAGAUGACCUAGAAUAUACAGUACAUGACUAGAGGGGCAAUACACACAAAAAGUUUUUAAGAGCACACAUAAAAUAAAGUACAGUCUUAUACAACAGUGAUCUAUUUUAAAUAUUACUUAAUGGAUUUAACUCAUCAUGAUUAAUUUGGUUGGCAGCUAUUUUAGCUGAUUAUUUUUUUUCAUUUGCCAUUAGAAAUUACAACAUGAGUCAUAAAAUAGCAUUUUAGUUCUGUAUAAAUUCUCACAAUAUCUUAAAUGUCAUAAAAACCUCUGUUGGACUGAAUGUAAACAACUGAUCUUCCUUACUUAAAUAAAAUGGCUGUAGUCACUUAUUUGUGAAAAUAAUUAAACGUACCAUUGUGUCCCAGCAAGCUUCA